AUGAGUCACGAGCGAGUCGUGGAGGCAGUGCUGUGGGUGAUCUUCGCCGCGACCCUGCUCAAGACCGUUCUGGUGGCCAACGCGUUGUGGAGCGUCGCAAGCGAAUCUGGGAAGAAAGCAGUUGCAGCUCCCGGUGGGCAAAGGUCAGGGCAGGCCAGCUCAAGCGGCGCGGGCGACCAAGCGGAUCGCAACACCUCUUUACGCCCGCCACCGCUGGGCCGGCAACGGGCCGGAGGCGAUCGGCGCACGCUACCUUCGAAACUGAGUUGGAGGUCUGCCUUUUUCACCGCUCCGCGAACGACAGCAGUCGAGAGCAUGCCUGGUUGCCGCAUGAGCGGGAAACUCGUGCAAUCGCUGGGUGAUGAUUCGGUGGUGGUGGUGGCGAUGUUUCUCCGCGUCCCCACGGGAUGCUAACAAAAGCAGGAAAUCGAAAGAAGAGAUGAAUUAUGUAGCGAUGAAUCUUCCAUGCUGCCACGUUGGCCAGGCACACGCCCAUUGGUUCUUCGGGCCUUGUGUGUGUGUGUGUGGAAUGUGGAAGACUGCUGCUUGCGCAUAUCCAAUAGAUGGUAAUGUGAUGUUGUUGCAUCUCUGGGAUUUGAAAUCCGGCUGCCCCCAUUCUCCAACCGUGGUAUUUAUUCCUCAUCAGGGGAUGGAUGGAUUGCCCUUGGUGACCGCGAGCUCCACACCUACCCACCCGAAUGCGAUGCCUGGCGUUCAUAUGACAAUUAACGUCAGUUCUGCUUGAAUGUCGCGUUUGUGCUGCUUUAUGGUACAUCGGGGAGGGGAUUCAUUGCUUCUCGUCCUCGCUGCUGCUGCUGCUGCUGCUGCUGCUGUAGCUGCUGCGGCGCGCCCGCCGCCUGCCGUUAUAUAUGCUAUGUGAAUGAUUUGAUGCUCGGGCAUUGGUUGACGGGGGUACUCAUCUGCAGGUAGGUUUACGCUAGGGUUGGAAGCAAGCGAGGCAGCCCUCAGCCCUCGCGUGCCGGUCCGCAGAUAUAAUAUAUGCACAUGUACCGCCAAAGUCCACGAUAGCCGUAUCCUCCAUUUACAGCAGU